AUGGGGAUCAAGAUUGAUAUGGCUAAAGCCUUUGACAGAGUGUACUGGAAGUUUCUUCAUACAAUUAUGGUCAAAAUUGGCUUCAACUCUGAAUGGUGCAACAAGAUUAUGCAAUGCAUAUCCACUACUUCUACUGCUGUCCUUCUAAAUGGCUCCCCUGACAAAUUCUUUAACCCUACUAGAGGACUCAGGCAAGGAGACCCAUGUCUCCUUACCUGUUUCUUUUCUGCAUGGAGGCACUAUCCAGAAUAUUAUCUCAUGCUGAAGAUUUGGGCAAACACUAUUGAAGCACAGAAUCUCAAGGAUAUCCUCAACAUUUUUGGAGAUACUUUUGGCCAACUCAUCAAUUUCAGCAAAUCAGGAGUCUUCUUCAGCAAGGACACUAAUCCAGCUCUUAUGCCUAUUAUCUGCAAGCUUCUUGGAGUUCAAAUUCUUCCUACAAAUGACAAGUAUUUUUGGAGACCAGCCACAUAUAGGGGAGGUCAUCUUCCAAAUUCAUAA